AUUUUAUCGAAGUAACGUCAAUAAAACUAUUCAGACACAAGCUGUUAAUUUCUCAAACAAAGUUGAAGACGAGUCUCGAAUCUAUCCCAAAAGAUGCCAGGACUAACAUAGGCCAUCAAGCGUACUGUCCUUCCCAAACUGAAACUGAAACUAAAGGCGCAUCUUUCGGAUGUUGUGUUUACUUUUUCGAGUUCGUACUUUAGGCGUUUUCGUUGCAUGAAUGCAUUAUAAAUAUGGAUUCUGUUAGCACGCGCUUACUCCAAGAUGUGCAGACCUGCAAUUUAGGUGGCAGUCAAGGGUUAACUAUGAAUCAGGUUGCAGAUGCGGAUAGUGUUCCUACGCAGAUGGUCGAUAAAUGUCACCGAGUCAAGAUGUGGCAGCAAACUAAUUAUCUCUCAGAUUCUGGCAUUCACAGCGCUGUUGGGACCCAUACACCAAGUAUCAGUAGCAAGGUAGAAUGUGAUGACUCUGAAGCAGACGAUCGUUAUUUAACUCAAAAACCAGGUCAUUUACCUCAUUGGUCAUCUUUUCCACUUUCUGUUAACCCGUCGGACUCUUGUCUUUUGUCUCCAGCUACACCUAGUACAAGUAGCAUUCUAGGCGUUGACUCCUUAAGUGAUGUUGGUGGCUCUCACUCUGCAAGUAACGUUGAUCUACGAGGAAACAAGCUACCAGAAAUUGAUACCGAUGAGGCUGCAGGAGCCAUACCAGAACUUGUCAAACUGAUCAAAGAUGAAGAUGACCAGGUUAUUAUUUACCAGUCAUCAAUGAUGGUUUUCCAAUUGAGCAAGUCGGAAGCUAUCGAUGCCCUUAUAAAGUCGAGAGAUAUGAUAGACUGUAUUAUAUCUGCUCUGGAUCGAACAGAAGAUCCAGAAACAGUUCGUUUUCUUGCUGGUACAUUAUAUAACAUUUCGCAGAUGCAACCUGGGCUCAAGGCAAUAUUUGCCGCACAAUGUAUCCCCUCUCUUGUUAAGCUUUUGAAUUCACCUGUAGAAUCAGUUUUGUUCUAUGCAAUAACGACGUUACACAAUCUUCUACUUCAUCAAGAUGGAGCGAAAGCCGUUGUAAGACAGAGUGGGUGUUUACAAAAGAUGACUGCUUUAUUGCGGAAAAAUAACAUUAAGUUUCUCACCAUAUGUACUGAUUGUCUACAAAUACUGGCUUAUGGUCAUCAGGAAAGUAAACUGCAAAUUCUUUGCAGCGGUGGGCCCGUUGAACUGGUUCGAAUAUUAAGAACAUAUCAGUAUGAAAAGUUACUUUGGACCACGGCUCGAGUUCUCAAAGUGUUAAGCGUGUGUGCUAGUAACAAGCCGGCUAUUAUUGUUGCUGGAGGAAUGGACGCUUUAGCAAAGCACUUACAUAGUUCAAGUCACCGGUUAGUAUUAAACUGCCUUUGGGCACUUCGCAAUUUAUCCGAUGCUGCGACAAAAAUGGAUAAUCUCCAGCCUUUGUUACACUCAUUGGUCCGUUUAUUGGAUUGUGGUGAUAGCAGUAUGAUUACAUGCGCAGCGGGAAUCCUCUCCAAUCUAACGUGCAAUAACCACGCAAAUAAAUUUAUCGUUUUUAAGAUGGGUGGCGUAGAGGCGCUUUUGCGUGCGGUCAGUCAACCUGCUGUCAAAGAAGAUAUCCUAGAACCAUGUAUGUGCGCUUUAAGGCAUUUAACAAGCCGUCAUGAAGAGGAAGAAACAGCAAGACAUGCCUUGGUUCAUGAACUCAACGGUUUGCCGAUUAUCGCUCGAGUUUUACAUGCAGCAACUGCUGGUAUUUGUCCUGAUCUUGGUUUAGUCUGUCAGCAUCCUCAGAAUCCGGUGGUAUCGUGGAUGCUUGUUAAAGCUAUGGUUGGCCUUUUGCGCAAUCUGUCUGUCACCUUAGAUAGUCAUUAUGGUAUGCGUGAAUGUGGGCUUGUCACUGGUUUGUUUUUACUACUUUAUGCAACGCAAUAUGAAAUAAUUAGACGUUCUGUUUCUGCCACUCAUCCAACAUUCUCAACGGUAGUGCAAAGUGUUAGACUCGAGGAGAUUGUGGAAGGGAUUUGUGGUGCACUUCAUAUGCUAGCGAAAGAUCAUGCUACUCGGUCUUAUCUAGCUCUUCUAAAGGCUCCAGCUUUAAGUAUAACUCCAAGUAUUCAAUCUGGCUCUUCUGGUCUUGCGAUAUUCGUCGAACUUCUCCAUUCGCCUCAUGAGUCCAUCCAGCGUGCCUCAGCAGGCGUCCUCGCAGAGGUUUCACAGGAUCGUGAUGGCCUUGAGGCUUUAGCCACCUUACCUGGAGCAGGCUCAAGGUUCGAUGAACUGGUUCGCUCUAGGAAUGAAGCUAUCUCAACUUAUGCAUCUGCAGUAGUCAUCCGACUAGCUGAAGAGCGUAGGGGUAUAGGCAGCAACCCGUACAUUUUUUCAUCUCAUAUAGAAUCGCUAAAUACCCCACCUUUACCAAUGGAUACAGGAGAAGUUUAUCAUGUGCCUACUGUUCAUCCGGGGGGCACUCUGCAUCCUGAAAUGCCUUCAUUAACUCAUCAUGGGAAUUGGAACCAUGGUCCCUUACAAACUCAUCCUCAAGAAUCUGGAAACACAUGUGGUAGUCCUUCCAACUCGUUGAUGGAGAUGCUUGGACCAUUUCCACCUGAUUGCAAAGGUUCUGUGUGCAAUGAUUGUUGCUCUUACUGGGGUGAUUGUGAUCCUCCUGGGACUUGCUCCGAUCCAAAUUGUAUUUAUAAUGGCAAUAAUAAUCAAUCAUCUGGAACGUACUCUGAACUGCAACCAGUAAAAUUAUACCACAACAUACGCUCACCAAGUCGUACUGGAUUUGUGGGUUGUGGAAAUAUAUAUUCUGUGGGGCCAACACUUGUGUCUUCAUCUGUUCAGAAUAUUGACAAUACUCACCAGUUACAGGGAUCUAAUCCCGUUUUGCCCACUGGAAUGAGUGUGGUGCCACGCAGGUCAUGUGUCGGAAGUAUAAGUUCAAGUGGUUAUUUAAGUCCGGGUGGUGAUAUGUUUUUAAAUCCUUCACCUUCAGAAUACAAGCCGUUUCACGAAGAUAACCAAGGUAUCUUAAGACCAUCACUUUUAGAUCAACAAACACACGCUGCUUCAAUUUCUUCACCUGCAAUACCUUCACGAAAUGUUAGUGCUGGUUAUCUUAGUCCCGAUUUAAUGGCUUUAGAAGAAACCGACCCUGAUUGGUUUGGAGGCCCUGCCGUAAUGUGAAUCUUUCUUUUUUUGGAGACGAAAGUUAGACCUAAUUUUUAGUCUUUUUUAAAAAUACUGGUGCCUCUAGGCUUUCAACCUGAAAGCCAUUUCCUUUUCUUGCUGCAAUAAACGUACAGCAGUUGGUUUUCUUCUUUCUGAUCCAUUGUUACACACAAGCGCAUCUACCCACCCGUCUAUUCAUGAGUAUAAAUACAAAGGGAAAAAAUCAAAUGUCCGUUUGUUUUUUCUCCAAGCAAUUGUAUGUUAAGCUUUUCGAUUUUCGAUGGAAUGUUUUAUUUUGAAAUUUUGUUUUAUACGGAAUAUGAAUUCCAGUUGCCUUUUUAAUUUACAGUUGUGAUAGUUGGAUAAAUAAUAUGUUAUGUGAUUGGUGGGUUUGUUGACUUUCUUAUCGCAUAUUGAAAUAUAGAUCAAAUUUUCUACACAACUAAAUAAACACUGAUUAAAGAAUUGAACAAAAAAAGCAACAUGAUAUGACUCAGUUUAGGUAAGUAGGUACUUUUGUUAUACCUUUCGUUAUUCUUGAGGGAAAGUUGAAUAGCUCAUCAAUGUAUGACAAUGUGUUGUUUGUCUUAAUUUGUUUUUACUUUUUUUAUUGUAACUAACUCGAUGUUGAGUGAUCUACCGUUAUUUCGAUUGUCUUUUUAAAAAAAAUAUUGAGUAGCCUACAUUAUACAUAAUAUUGAAACACAUUUUAAAACUUUUACUAAGCUUAUUCUUACUUUUUACUACUCUGCACAUCACUUUUAGCGCCAUCAUUAUUUUAUUUCUUACUUUUGAAUGCCACUAAUCAACACAUACGCACGCAUACUUAUACACUUUUUAUCACUCCAGCGGCAUUACUUAUAUUAUUACUAUUAAUCAUAUUUGUUUGUCCCUUUCCAAGUUUUGACUGUUUUUGCUUUUUCUUUUUCUCUAAAUAAUUAUGAUUACGAUCACUAGUUCACACAGAGCACCUUGUUCUGGAUAUAAACAUUAUUAUUUCAUGUGAUGUUUUCUUUUACAUGAUGUAUGGAUUACUACUUGCUUUGGUAGUAUGUAAGCACUCAAAUAAUGUAUUCGAACUACUUCAAGCAGUUGGGGUCGCCACCAUACAUAAUUAGUGCUACGAAUUUGACGAUUACCAAAUAAACAGACAUCGAGUAUCUCCAGCUU